UUUUAUUUUAAGCCCGGAGCAAAAAGAAUAUCCACAACUGAAAAUUGAAAAUUGAAUAAUCGAGCGUCGAUAAUUCAACAUUGAAAAUUGAACGUACAAUUCAAAGCAAAUUAACGUGAUUCGCAAACAACAUCCAAAUGAAUUUAAUUAUUCAAAACAACUGCUCUGGACGAUUCAACAUGCAACAUGGUGGCGUGCAAAUCUGCAUUGCAGCGUCAUACUAUCAACCGAUCAACAUCGGCUCGAUUUCGAAAGUCAUUGUCAUUAUCAAGUAGCGCGACGCGUGCCAGUAAAAUUUGCACGUUGUUUUCACCCACUCCGCCCUUUAAUUACCGUUAAAAAGUAUCAAAUCAUCCUAUCAAGUGCACUACAAAAAGUCGCCGGUAAACACGCGUGUAACGCAGUAUUCGUCCAAUUGCCGCCACGAUAGCAAUCAAAAUGGAACUCGAUUUGACCGUGGUCCUUUCAAUCGCUGUCAUCCUUGGAGCGAUCUAUCGCUGGAUAACCGGAAACCGGGACUACUUUCACGAAAAACCGAUCCCUUCGAUGGCCGUGCGACCCAUCAUGGGCAGCACUGGGCCACUUCUGCUCAAACAGUGCACUUUUCCUGAAUUCAUACAAUCCAGCUACAAGAAAUUUUCAGGAGCUCGAGUCUACGGACUGUACGAUGUCAACAUUCCGAUGUUCGUGAUCUGCGAUCCGGAACUGAUCAAGCGAAUCGCAGUGAAGGACUUCGAUCACUUCAUGGAUCAUCGCCCGGUUUUCGGGGCUAGCGAAUCGGAUCAUCCGAAUUUGCUGUUCGAAAAGUCCCUCAUCGGCCUGACGGGUCAAAAGUGGAGGAACAUGCGGGCGACGCUGAGUCCGGCCUUUACCGGAUCCAAGAUGCGGCAGAUGUUCGAGCUGAUCGUGGAGUGCAGCGAGAGUAUGGUUCGGUUCUAUCGGGGUGAAUCCCCGGGAAAGGAGUACGAGAUGAAGGACGUUUUUUCGAGGUUUGCAAACGAUGUGAUCGCGACCUGUGCCUUCGGAAUCAAGGUGGACUCGCUGCGGAAGCGGGAUAAUGAGUUUUUCGUCCACGGCAGUAAGAUGCUGCAGCUCAGUAGGCUGAGCGUAGUGGCACGAAUACUCGGAUACAGGUUUGCGCCUACUUUGAUGGGUCGACUGGGGAUCGACAUCAACGAUCAGGAACAGAACAGUUACUUUUCGGCGUUGGUCAAGGAUACGGUCAGAACGCGGGAAGUGAAAGGAAUCAUUCGUCCGGAUAUGGUACACCUGUUGAUGCAAGCAAAGAAAGGAACGCUGAAGCAUCCGGUGGAAAGUGAGCAGUACAAGGGCUUCGCAACGGUUGAAGAAUCGGGCACGAUGACCGAACAGGAAAUGAUCGCUCAGUGUGUGUUGUUCUUCUUGGCCGGAUUCGAUACGGUGUCCACCAUUUUGGCUUUCUUAGCUUACGAGCUGGCGUUGAAUCCAGAAGUACAAAAACAGCUAUACGAAGAGAUCAGCCAAACUCAUGAGUCGCUGCAAGGUCAGCCUCUAAAUUACGAUACUCUUCAGAAGAUGCCGUACAUGGAUAUGGUAGUUUCGGAAGUGCUCCGGAAGUGGCCUGCCAUAGCAGCGGUGGAUAGACUGUGUGUUCAAGACUACGAACUGACCCACGAAACAGGACUUACGUACACCAUUGAUCGCGGUAGUGGCAUUUGGAUCCCGAUCUACGCGAUCCAUCACGAUCCCAAGUACUACCCGGGUCCGGAGCGAUUCAUACCGGAACGGUUCAGCGAAGAGAGCAAAGCUGGCAUUAACUUGGGGGCCUAUCUACCGUUCGGAAUCGGACCACGGAAUUGUAUUGGAUCGCGUUUUGCCCUGAUGGAGGUGAAGGCGAUCGUGUAUCAUAUGGUUAUGGAUUUUAGUUUCCAGAAAACCGGUAGGACUCAAGUCCCGCUGGAGAUUGUGAAGGGAUUCGCAACACUGAAGCCCGAAUGUGGUGUGUAUUUGGAGUUUAGACCGAGAUAAUAGGAGUACAGGAAGUGUAUUCGAAGGAACGUACCUGAGCGUUUGGCAUUCUGCCGUAAGAAAUCUUCCGAGGUUCCUGAAAAGAAAAAGGGACAUGAAAUUAGCUUAGGAUAAUCAACAAUAA